AUGGAGUGCACAAACGCUCCCGGAACGCUCCCGGAACGCUUGCGGUCCGGCAAUGUUAGAUCCAGAGUAAAGAACCACACCACCCCCAGCUUGCGUGGCCAGUAUCCAAACGGAAACGCCAUGCACAACGAGGCGUUCGUUGCGAGACUCAGCUGGCACAAGGGCUGCGGGUUAAUUCUGCUUGGUGGAUCGGAGGAGGAGGAGGAGGAGGAAGAGGAGAGGAGAUGGAAGGGGUGGGUCUGGAAGGUGACGGUCGAGGUGGUGGUGGUGGCGGUGGUGGUGGUUAAUUGA